AUUUUGGACUCCGCCGAGCUGGCCAGCGAACGUUAACUUUAGUGUGCGCCGACCUGUUUCCGUAGACGGCCACAAAAAAUUAUUCAAAGACCUAGCCACACACAGACUUCAAAUCGUAUCAUAAAUCGGUUACGAUCAUUUCGGAUAAUGCUCGGCUAAGAGCCCCCAAAAUUAACUUCCAAUUACGUCCAAUAUCCAUUAAAAUAAAGAGCGAAAAAUUCUAUCUCCAGUGCAGUGACGUCAAAAGUAUCUCAAAAGUGCAAUUCCCCAACAAAAUCAGGCAGCUCGAAAACAAGCUCAAUUUGCAAUCUCACUCGCUCACUCUUUAGCCCGUUUUCGUAAUCGAAUCGUGCAAAAAAAAAAAAAUAAAAAAAAAUAAAAAAGUUAUUCAAAAAAUAAAAAAAAAAGUGAAUCUGCCAUUUCAGUUAACUCCGAUCUGCCCAUCCCGCUUCCACUUGCCAAUUCGAAUUGUUAACGUUGUUAACGCCGCCGUUGCAGUCGCAGUCGCAGUCGCAGUAGCAGUAGCAGUCGGCGUAGCUGCUGCGCUCUUUAUUGUUUAUGUUUUUUUGUGUUCUGAGCGCUUCCCCCCCUAAUCGACCCCGCUGCAUCCCGCCCACCCAGAAGGCGGGGAAGUAAUAAUAAAAGCAAUGCGCUGCGCCAUGAAACGAAAUUGAGUGAAAAAUAAAUUUCGUUUACAAAAAAAAAAAUCGGAAAAAAAAUUAAAUAAGAAUGAUAAAAUAAAAUAACAACAGCAAACAACAACAAAAAAAUAAAGAAUAAGCGAAUAAGAAGAAAAAAAUUCACUGCCAAGCAAAUUUCACGCCGUAUUUAAUCUUUGCUUACUGACCGCCUCCAGCUUAAUCGCUGCUCGUCUUUCUUUCCGUUGCGUUCUGUUCCGUUCGUGGUUCGUGCGUGCUCCGUGUGUCCCGGCUCUGGAAAUACGGCUACGGCUACGGCUCCAGUUUGCGGCCACCGAUUCGACCACGAUUCCAAUUCCGAUUCCCCGGAUCCGUAAACUCCAUCUUACGGGCUGUGUCUUCCAAAAGAAUUCUUAAAACGGAACAAAAAAUAUAUAUUGUAGAAAUUUUCAUAAAACUGUUCUUCAUAAAAAUUCUAAAAUUUAUUUCAAAUCUAUGAUUCAAGUGUUUUGUGAACGCAUAUAAGAGUGCUUUAAAAGAAACUCAUAAAUUUCAACAAAAUUUUAAUUGCUACAAAAAUUGUAGCGAAAAUUUAAUCAUUUCUAAGGAUCACUUGGCACACUAAAAUGUCCUCAACUUUGGGCCUAAUCACAGCGCUACUCUUGGCCACCACAGUAUGCCAAGCCCUGCCAGAUUUGCACAAACAGAUGUCGCCGGAGCAGCUGCAGUCAGUCUUCCACGUGGACACCCACGACGCGGUGCCCCACUAUGAGCUGGUCCAGCUGCUGCACCACGACAACCACCAGCACCGCCGGAGGCGUAGCAUCGGUGACAGUCCGGUGAAAACCCUGCCGCCGCAUCACGUGAAAAAGGAUCUCAGCAAGAAUGCCUACUACAGCGAACUGAAGCACCAGGCCAUGGGCUCGGGUGGCAAUCACCUCUACGGGCCAUCUGUCAGUGACAUCAAGUCGCACAAUGUCUCCUUCAGUGCCUUUGGCCAGAACCUUAAUCUAAGCCUCCGCGCCACAAAAGGACUCUUCAAGGGUGCGCCCCAUGAGCUGCGCAUGUGGAGCGUGGGCAGCGAGCCAAAUGCCACCCACGGCCUUGACCUCCAGGAGAUUGCCCAAGAAGAGCAUCACAAAAACCAAGUGGGCGAAGUUUUUCAGGAUGAGCAGAAUAUGGCUGCCAUUUUAAUGCGGCGUCAUGAAAAAACCGGCGAUUUGAUAAUGGAGGGUAGCAUUGGUCACGAUAUGGUGAUUAAGCCCUUGCCUCACGAACUGAGCCCCAAUCCCGAGGAGUCACAUCACAUCAUUUACAAACGCGAGGCAUCCGCAGCCGAAGAUCAACUAAGUGACUUUGCCUUCAUGGAACCUGAUGAUUUGCUGGCCAGUGAAAAGUUGGAACGUCUGCAGCGUCGCCAGCGUCGCAGUCGCCGCAGCACUCCCAACAGUCCCGACUUCGAGGACCUCAACGACGAGGACGAGGGCGCCCUGGAGGCAGAACCCCAGCCAUCAGAGUCCCGGACCCGAUCCCGGCGCCAGGCCCCGUACAUUAUCUAUCCGGAGGUCUUGGUUAUUGUCGACUACGAUGGCUAUCGGCUCCAUGGCGGCGAUAAUUUGCAGGUCAAGAGAUACUUUAUUUCGUUCUGGAACGGAGUUGAUCUGAGAUACCGUCUGCUGAAGGGACCCAGAAUACGCAUCAGUAUUGCCGGCAUUAUCAUCUCCCGAGGUCGUGAUGCCACACCCUACUUGGAACGCAAUCGUGUGGGCAGGGAUGCCAUCGAUUCCGCCGCUGCUCUUACGGACAUGGGAAAGUAUCUGUUCCGGGAACGUCGCCUGCCCGUCUACGAUAUUGCCGUGGCCAUUACCAAACUCGAUAUGUGCCGUCGCACCUCCGCUUAUGGUGAAUGUAAUCGCGGUACCGCAGGCUUCGCUUACGUCGGUGGGGCAUGCGUGGUGAACAAGCGACUGGAGAAGGUGAACAGCGUGGCCAUCAUCGAAGACACCGGCGGCUUCAGCGGCAUCAUUGUGGCCGCUCACGAAGUGGGACAUCUGUUGGGAGCGGUGCAUGACGGAUCGCCACCACCUAGCUACUUGGGCGGACCGGGAGCCCAGCGCUGCCGCUGGGAGGACGGAUACAUAAUGUCCGAUCUGCGCCACACGGAGCGGGGAUUCAGAUGGUCUGCCUGUACGGUCCAGAGUUUCCAUCAUUUCCUCAACGGAGAUACUGCCACCUGCCUGCACAAUGCCCCCCAUGAGGACAGCGCCCUGGGUCGCUCACUGCCAGGCACUCUGCUCUCCCUGGAUGCCCAGUGCCGCAGGGAUCGAGGAACAUACGCCUGCUUCAAGGACGAGCGAGUGUGCGCCCAACUGUUCUGCUUCGACGCCCAGACAGGAUACUGUGUGGCCUACAGACCAGCGGCAGAGGGGUCGGCCUGUGGUAAUGGUUAUCAUUGUCUGGAUGGUCGGUGCACACCACUGCCCUCGAACAUCAUUCCUGAUUAUGGACACAACUAUCGUUUAGUCUACAAUAAAAUCGACAACAAGAAAGAUGCAAGCUCCGAGGCAACGGAGGAUGUUGAGAAUAGUAGCGAGGAGACCGAGUCCCAGGAGGAUGAUAAUGAGAAUGAGAACGAGAGUGGUGAGGAGGAGCAGGAUGAGGGCAACUCUAGUAGCGAGGAGCACGAUGGCAAUCGGCAGGACAACCGGAUUGACCAUAGCUCUGCUGCUGCCGCUGCGACGUCAACGACGACCACAACAACAACCACGACUACGACAACAACCACGGCUCGGCCCAAGUCGAAGUCCUUCGGGUAUCUGCAUCGCAUCCUUGCGGAGCAGCAAGCCCAAAGGGAUAAUGGGUUUUUGGUCCAGACGCGCACCAGCAGCAGUAUUAGCAGCCGACGCAACGGCGAUCCUUAUGCAACACCAACAACAAAACCAACAACCACAACAACAACAACCACACAAACACCAAACCUAUUACAAUUCUACACACACGAACUACGCAAACAAAUCGAAUACUACUUACACAUGCUACAGACACAACAACAUGAAACCAAAUUGCAACCAGAACAACAGCAACAGCAGUCACAACAACAACAGUCGAUAGUUGAAAUACCUUUGGUACAAAAACGCCUUAAAAAUUAUAGUGUUACCAGCAGCAGCAGCAGCGUCAGCUCUAGCAACGGAUCGAAGCAGCAACAGCAACAGAACAACAAGGACGAGAGCCAGAGACAGCAGCAACAGCAACACGAACAGGAGCAGCAACUGCUGCCCGACGAGGAGAACGAGGCGACUGCCGGCAUUCAGAGCAAUGAAGCGAUUGAGCGGCAAAAACUGGUUAACUGGAAGCUGUUUCCGUUCUAGUGAGAAAGUAUGGAGAUCGUCCGGAACUGGCACUGCCAUCGAAAUUGGAACGCAAAUGUUUGCAGUUAAAAAGUGUUUUUAGCUAGAAUUUAUUACUAUUAUAAUCUGUAUGAAACCCUAUUGAUUUGUUGUUAGUUCUAGCCGCAACUAAUUUAAAAUAUUGUCUGUUGAAAUCAACUCAAACAGCAAAAUAACGCGAUGUCACUUUCCCAAGUGCAUUCGAAAGUUUGUUGUUCUGUUCAGUACAUGCAUAUAUUAUGUAAUGAUUUUAUGUAAUUUAAUUUAAUGCAAAUUCUUGUAAAAUAGUACAUAUUAUUCUGUAACAACUUCAUUUAAAAAACACCCUUCGGCAGACUACCUAAAUUAUUAUCGGAGCCACAAAACAAAUAAUCGAAAGGAAAAUUACCAAUCACCCCCACUUUCCAAUGUGAUAAACAUAAAUAAUUUGUACUUUUUACUUAACAAAAUAUUUAUCAUUUUCUGUUAGAAAAUUGCUAGAAAGGUUGAGACAUGUUUGAGGACUUACCUUGCCGCACUUUUGCCUACAAGAAAACUUAAAUUUUCAUUUCAUUAUUAUUGUAUUAAAAUUGUUAGAUUUCUAAAUUAAACGAAAACAAAAUUCAUUACUUUAUGUUUACCUAGCAGAAUGCUCUUUUUUAUACAACAAAAAUUUAAUAGAUAAGUUUUAGUUGUAGUUAACUGAACAUCGUAUAAUAAAUGAAAACUGUACAUUUAUCAAACAAAAAAAAAACAAAAUUAUAUUUAAGAAUAAACAGAAAAAACGUA